AGCGGACAACUCAAAGCGAUCUUGACAUCAUGAAUGGCCGAUUCGUGGGGGUGGUCCUGGCGAGCCUGCUGGUGUGUGGCCUCGUGCUCGUGUACAUUGUGACCUUCAUCAAGGCAUCGUUCCCCGCGCCGCCAUCUCCACCGACGCCAUCGCCCGCGGAGCCCUCCAUGGCGUUCAACGUUGUCCAGUACAACAUCUUUGGUCGACCGUAUGCAGUAUCCAAGGACGGACAAGACGAGCGCUUGCAUCGCAUCCCUGCAUCCGUUCUCAACCACGUGUGCCCCACAGCGACGUGCGGCGGUGUCGACGUCGUCACGUUUGCCGAGGCCGACAUCGAUUCCGAACGCGCGCACAUGCUUGCCGCGUUCGAAGAGCUCAACUUUCGCCAUCACACCACUGUCGUGGCCGACACGGACCCGUUCACGAGCUUGAUCAACGGCGGCGUCCUCAUCGUGUCCAAGUGGCCAAUCCUCCGCGAAGCCCAGCACAUUUACCGCAACGCGUGUCAUUACUCGGACUGUCUGGCCGCGAAAGGCGUCAAGUAUGCCCGGAUCAACAAGACCGACGGCGCCUACUCGAAGGCAUUCAAUGUGUUUGCCACGCACAUGCAGGCCUGGUCCACGCCGCAAGGCCGCACCGACCGCGUCAAGCAGGCAUCACAAUUUCACACGUUUGUCGAAGCCCUCGAGAUUCCACACGACGAGCCACUCAUUUUCGCCGGUGACUUUAACGUGGACAACCACUCAUUUGCAGGCGAAGUCGCGCACCUGAUUCAAGUGCUGCAUGCAACGGCCCCCGUGGUCGUCGGCGCGCAGCAGUUUACGAGCGAUCCCCGAACCAACUUGCUCGUGGGGCGGGAUGGCGCCGCCGCCGCCGACGGAUGCCUCUCGCAGUACAUUGAUAGCUGGGGACCGCUUCAGAACCACACGUACAUGCCGUCGCUGCUGACCCGUGUCGCAUGUCACAACCUGGCGGCGUCCGUGGCUCCGAGCCGGAUGUCGCCGCCUCUGGCGCAUAUUUUGAACUCGUCGGUUCUUUCCCCCCCCCAAAUCCCCCUGUCAAGCAGCAGCAGCAGCAGUAGUAUUUACAUGGCCCCGUCGAGCUUAUGCUUUUGUCCGUGCUGUCCACUCGAGUGGAUCGAUUACAUUCUAUAUGCCCAAGCGCCGUACCAACAGCCCGUGGCCCCGCCAUCGCUUGAAGCGGUCGCUUUGCAGUCGCCGGCAUCGUUUGAUGUCGAGUGGACAUCUCCCCAUGAAAAGCACACGGCUUUGCACGCGAUGGACCUGUCCGACCACUACCCAGUUCUGGGCAAGUUUACAUUUCCGGUCAACCGGUCGCAGCCCGUGAUGCACUUGGAUGGAUGCUCCACCGACGCCGACUGCCGUUUCCACAGCUUCCGCUGCUACUGCCAAGGCGGCGGCUGCUUCUUUGGCGGCCGCCAAACCGACGGCGAACCGCUGCCGUCCACCCAUCCAGUCAACAAGAACUGCGUCAUGCUCAAAACCAGACUCGAGUGUUCGUGUGGCCCGCUAUAGCAACACUUCACAAACUAGUACUACUAGUAGUACAUUCGUAGUCGUACAUAUAUGCUUUAAU